UUUUUGUUUAUUAUAAAGAAUGAUGAAAAGUAUUUAAAAUAUAGAGCAUAUGAUGAAUCACAAAAUAUAAUAUUGCAAAUGAAAUUAAAUAAAAAACAAAUCAAGGAAAUGGGAGAAAAUCUAAUCUUGCAAUCUAAAGUAUAAUAAUGACUUAAUUAUUUGUUUUUUUUUUAAAUUAUCUAAAAUGAAUUACUUUUGGUAAUUCAAUACUAUUUAUAUAUCAGAUUUUGCAACAACAAUUGUUAAUUAAUAUAAAUUAUUGUGGGAAUAUAAAUUUUGUUGAAUAUAAUACUGCUUCAGAAAACACAGUUAUUCAAUUAUGUAAACAAUUUUUACAAGCAUCAUUGUGUUCAGUUAUAAAAAAGUAUGUAAAGUAUGUUUUCAAUUACAAUAGUUGAAAUUUUUAAACUAUAAAAUAUUUAUAAUAAUUUUCUCAUUUUAAGUGGCAUAGGUAUAACAGAUUUAAGAUUGCAUAAGGUAACAAAAAUAAGUAGUAAAGAAAUUGAUUUGUUAAAUAUUACUAAAAAUAAAAGUUUACAAUCAGAUGAAUGCAAUAUGAUUUUAAGAAUUUUAGCUAUACCCGGAAUAACAGAUAUUCAAAAAUGGCCUUUUAGCUUUCUUCAAAAUGACUUAUUUAGUAAAGUAUUUAUAUUUCUUCAUUUAUAAUUAUAUAAUAAAAUUUCACUUCUUUUAAAAAAUAAAUUAUAAAGUAAUAAAUAUUUUAAUUAAUAGGAAGAAAUAACAGUAACUAAUUGUUUGGCAGCAGCAGAUUGUAAUUGGUUAAAUAAAGUAUUUCCUAAAAAGAAAAAUAAUAAUGCUCUAAGUCUUUACAAUAUUUAUGAAAGAAGUCGUGUUUGUGUGCUCAUACAAACACCAAUUUCUAAUUCUAUUGAAAAGUAAUAACUAUAAUACUAUUUAUUUUAAUAUUAUUUUUUAUAUUAUAAAAAUAUAAAAACUUUCAUAUUUUCAUUCAGAGUAGAUAAUGUAUAUGAUUGUUUACAUAUAAAACAUACAAAUUAUGAAAAUAAUUCAAAUGAAAUUUGUCAGAUAUUUAAGAUGAUGAAUACAAAUAUAAAAAAUCCUAUAUUUGUAAUAGAGUAUGAAUAUGUACUCUAUGAAUUAAAAAAAGAAGAAGAACAUAAAAAUCCUAUAACUGCAUGUACAACAGAUGAUACUAUAUUUACAUGUUUAUCUAAUUCUAAUAUUAUGCAAUAUAUUAAUAUUGAUAAAAAAGCUGGAAUAUACAAUCUUGUAAGAAUAUGUAUUUCUGGACAGAAGAUAAAUGCAAUAGAUAUAGAUUUAAAUUUGCCUAACUUAAAAGAAUUUGAUAUCUCUUACAAUCAAUUAAAUGAAUUUCCAAACUCAGAUUUUAUAAAAAAUGUGCAAAUAUUAAAUAUAAGUUUUAAUAACAUAAAAUUAUUACAUAUUAAAAAAACUUUAUCUAUGCUAAAAGAAUUAGACAUAUCAUGGAACAUGUUGAUGUAUUGUUUUGAAUGUAUUAAUAUUUUUACAACUUAUAUACCUAAUAUGUAUAAACUGAAGAUAUAUAAUAAUCCUUUUGAUGAUGUUAUUGAUCCUCAACUAAUUGAACAUUUAUUACAUAUAAAUUUACCAAAAUUACAGUUCAUUAAUAAUUAUAAAUGUGAAAAUCUUAAUUUUCCUCAAAUUUAUUUUCCUUGUGCAUUUGGUAUGUGUAAAUUAAAUAACAAACGACGUAACAAGCUAAUUUAUUUAAAACAAAGUAUAUUAAAAAAUAUAGAAGAAUUAAAAUUGCUAGAAAAAAAAAAUAUAGAACAAGCAAAAUACAUUCAUAUAUCACAUAAUUUUACUGUAGCAUUAAACAUUUUGAAAAGAGCAAGAAAUGUGCAAGAAUUUUGUGCUACUUGUUGUUUAUUGCCUACAUUUCCUUCUAUAAAACCUUUAAAACAUCUGAUCAAACUGAAUCUUGGAAAUAAUUUUAUUUCAGUGUUAGAUAAUUUUACUCAAGAUAAUUUUCCAACAUUAAAAUAUUUAGAUUUGACUAAUAAUCUAAUAACAAAUUUGGAAUCAAUGGGAACAUUUUAUACUUUACAAGAAUUUUAUUGUGGAAAUAAUAAAAUAAGGAACAUAGCACAAAUAGAAAAUAUUAAAACUUGGCAAACAUUACAUGUUAUAGAUUUUUGUAAUAAUCCUAUAAGUACAGAUGAAUUAUAUAAAAAAUUUAUCAUAUUUCAUUUAAGUAACAUUGAAGUAAGUAAAAUCUUUAAUUAUUUUGAAUUAUUUAUAAAAAGUAAUUAAAAAUUAUAUGAAUGCAUAUGAUUAUAAUAUUACUAGUAGUAUAUUUCUGGAGAAUAUGUACGAAAUUCUGAUAUUUCUGAAGCAAGAUGUAUAUUUGGUAACAAAUUUGAUAAACAUAUGUUAAAUGCAAUAUAUGCAACAGAUCAUUUAACAAAUAUUACACAACUGAGU